AUGAACAAUCCUACAAUAAGUGCUGUGGGUGAUGUGUCUGGUAAGAAGCCUCAGAGGCUGGUCACACAGUUUCACUUCACCAGCUGGCCUGAUUUCGGGGUUCCUUUCACUCCCAUUGGCAUGCUGAAGUUCCUUAAGAAGGUCAAGACCUGCAACCCACAGUAUGCUGGACCCAUAGUGGUUCACUGCAGUGCGGGUGUUGGCAGGACAGGGACCUUCAUUGUGAUAGAUGCUAUGCUGGACAUGAUGGGGGCAGAGAGAAAGGUCGACGUCUUCGGAUUUGUCACACGGAUCAGAGCCCAGCGCUGUCAGAUGGUCCAGACUGAUAUGCAGUAUGUGUUUAUAUUCCAAGCUUUGCUAGAGCACUACCUGUACGGAGACACAGAGUUAGAAGUGACAUCUCUGGAGUCUCACCUGAAUAAGCUGUACGCUCCUUUAUCUGGAGCCGGCUGUGGAGGCAUGGAGGCAGAGUUUAAGAAACUUACCUCAAUUAAAAUCCAGAAUGACAAGAUGAGAACAGGGAACUUGCCUGCCAACAUGAAGAAAAACCGUGUUUUGCAAAUCAUUCCAUAUGAGUUUAACAGAGUGAUCAUCCCUGUGAAACGAGGGGAGGAGAACACAGACUACAUCAACGCCUCUUUUAUAGAUGGUUAUAGGCAAAAGGACUCGUACAUGGCAUGUCAGGGGCCGCUGCAGCACACCAUUGAAGACUUCUGGAGAAUGAUCUGGGAGUGGAGAAGCUGCUCUAUCGUUAUGCUGACCGAGCUGGAGGAGAGAGGACAGGAGAAGUGUGCUCCAUAUUGGCCUAGUGACGGUGUGAUGGUUUGUGGAGACAUGUCCAUUGAGUUGAAGAGGGAGGAGGAAAGUGAAAGCUACACUGUUAGGGACCUUCUCGUCACCAAUAACAGAGAAAAUAAGUCUCGGGCUGUGAGGCAGUUUCAUUUCCAUGGCUGGCCAGAGGUGGGCAUCCCGUCUGACGGGAAGGGUAUGAUCAACAUAAUCGCUGCAGUUCAGAAACAGCAGCAGCAGUCUGGAAACCACCCAAUCACUGUGCACUGCAGUGCCGGAGCAGGGCGCACUGGGACAUUCUGUGCUCUGAGCACGGUCCUGGAGCGGGUGAAGGCAGAGGGCAUUCUGGACGUUUUUCAGACGGUAAAGAGUCUAAGACUACAGAGACCGCACAUGGUGCAGACACUGGAGCAGUAUGAGUUCUGCUACAAAGUGGUCCAGGAAUACAUUGAUGCCUUCUCUGACUACGCCAACUUCAAGUAAAGCCACACCCUCCUGCAGAAGAUCGUACAGACAUUCCCAGUCAUGCAGUCACGUCCAAACUUUCACAAAAACACAGCUAAACGAGACGGACUGCCAGCGCAAAGCAAAAGGGAAUGAAAAUCCUUUGGCCGGCAAGCACGAAAACACGUUGGUGCUGAAGAUGGAAAGAAAACAAACAAAGAAAACACCAUUAGAGAUGCCUUCUUGAAUAUUUUGUAAUAUUGCUCUUGUUAAUAAGGCCCUUACCCAUUUCUCUCAGUGUAAAUAUGCUCUUGUAUUUCUUUUUUGUUUUGUUUCAUUUGUUUGGUUUUAGAAGCCAUUCUGUUGCGGUUUUUAGAGUGACCUUAAUAUAGUUUACUGGUAUAUAAAUGCAAACAUGAAUG